AUGAAAUCCACCGUUUUCCUCGCGUCCCUCGCACACGCGGCAGUCAUCUGGGAUGGCCGCUUCAACGACUUCACCAGCAGUGCCGACCUAAACAAAUGGUCGUGGAGCAACCAGGUCGGGCCGUACCAGUACUACAUCCACGGGUCCGGCACGGUGGACAAGUACGUGAACCUGUCGCCGUCGUACAAGAACCCCAACGACACGGCGUCCAAGCAGGGCGCCAAGAUCACCCUCGACUCGACGGCCUACUGGAACGGCCAGAACAUGCGCCGCACCGAGCUGAUCCCCCAGACCACCGCCGCCAUAAACAAGGGCAAGGUCUGGUACCACUUCUCCAUCAGCCGCAGCGACGCCAGCGCCCCGAGCGUCUACCGCGAGCACCAGAUCGCCUUCUUCGAGAGCCACUUCACCGAGCUCAAGUACGGCUGGAUCAGCGGCGAGAGCGCCACAAGCGACCCUUACCUCCAGUUCAUGAUCAGUCAGAACAGCAAGUGGAAGACGGAGUGGAAGGCCGGCGUCUGGCACAACGUCGCUUUCGAAAUCGACUUCUCCGCCAACACGGUCGGCUUUUGGCACUCGGAGGGCAGCGAGCCGCUCACGCAGCUCGUCGCGCCCCAGUCCGCGUCCACGUCCUCGAACGGCGCAGAUUGGCACCUAGGCGUCCUAGAGCUGCCCAGGUCGGGCUACAGCGAUGCUAAUGAGGACUUCUACUUUUCGGGCGUCUAUAUCGAGAGCGGCGCUCUGACGAAAACCGUCAGCGGCCCGGCUGCUUAA